AUGGCUUCGCCAUCGACCUGCGAUCCAACCGAAAGAUUCGUUCGCAUCGUAAACGACGCCCUCCACGCACUCCGUGCCAACAACUGGGGCUACCUGGAGUCCUGCCACCCUGAACAUGCACAUCUGGCUUUCGGCAAUGGGGCUGAUAUAUGGUUCAUAUAUACUAAAAACAAGGAGCUGCAUGCCGCAAGUACAGAGCCAGAUCUAGCCUCUUUACUGGCGGUGAUAUUCAAACGCAAGAUUGGCAGUGAGGAAGAGGUCAAAAUACAGCGAAUAACUGCCGACGUCUCCGUUUGCGUGAACGAUGAGGAGGUUCCGUUCUCAGAUCCGCACUCCGAGCACGAACCCGAGUUCCGAUUACUGAAGACGGAAUCCGUGAUAAGCAUUGGUGACAUGGACUUUAUAUUUCACUUCAUGAAAGAUGAGCCAUUUGCACCUACCCACUGUCAUCGCUACGUGGUCGACACGAACCAGGUUGUACUCGGGCAGGGAGGCGAAGGAGUCGUAUACGCUGCGCGGCAUGCCAGGACGAAUCAGGCAGUCGCCGUGAAGUGUACAUUUGUACCUCCGGGCGCAAUGCAUAGAGAGGCAGUUCAACUACGCCUAUGGUAUGAACUAGGACACCACAACAACAUCCUUUCUCCGUCCGACUGGUUCAUGCAUCCAGAAUCCAUCUAUAAUGACGAUAAAUUGCUCUGCAUUGUUUCCUCCAUGGCGGCGUACAAUAGCUUGGAGUGCUACGUCGAGCACGAAGGCGCCCUGACGGAAUUCGUUGCGCGCUCCGUCAUGGUGCAGAUCAUCGAGGGUCUCAUGUUCUUACACGGCCGUGGAAUUCUUCAUCGGGACAUGAAGGCUGAGAACAUUCUUGUCUUUCACAAAGACAAAAGAGGUCGCCUCAGUGUCAAAAUCUCGGAUUUCGGGAUCUCACAGUACACAUUGACCAUGAGUCAAUCAGUGAGUCCAGCAGGUACAGCAGCUUGGGCCGCACCCGAGCUUCUCAAUCGCCAAUUUACCGAGCGCAGCGAUGCAUACGGUGCAGGCCUGAUCAUGUUCUUCAUCCUAUUUGCCACGCGUCCCUUCUUGCUCUUACCAAACAAGCGGCGACGGCCUUUGAUUGAGCAGAUAUCGCGGAGGGUGUCCCAGCUGUUCCUGAUUGAUGACAGCCAAAUCACCUCCGAGAGCGAGGGCCGGCGAUUGACCCGAAGCGCAGCUCGAGAGCUCAUCACAGCUCAAACGCGGGAGGAUCGUCCAGCCAGGACCACCAUCAACCUAACGCCAGAGUGUCGAGAGCUCUUGAAAGCUCUGACGCAGGAGGAUCCGUUCGCCAGACCCACUCCUCGGGAAGCCAGAAAGUAUCAAUGGCUCACGCUAGGAAAGCCGCCAUCGCCUUACCACGCUGAGUUGCUUCGCUGGAAAGAUCCUCUCGCAAUCAAGGCUCGCCAACGCAGCAUUUACGCCGGCACCCGGAAACCAAUCAACCAGUGGCUGCCGAGGGAGGAGACUUUGUAUACGCCCACAGAACCAGGAUCCCGGAUAUCGGACGCGAACUCACCGGAAGCCCAGGCCGCGGAAGGAGGGGUGAAGGCCAUUCCGAAAUCCGAGGGCGAGGAAGCAGUCUCGAACCAUGCGGACCCUACUUGUGUGGAUGCGCACGCAGAAGCUGCUGUUAACAUUGUCGAUAGAGACUCAGAUAUCGUCGACGGACAAGGCGAAGAGACGGUCACGGUGGUUGCACCGGUCCUCAGACGGUCCUUGCGCGUGCGGGAACAGCGCGGGGCUCGUGUCACGCGUGCGCCCGUCAAAGCGUUGCCGAAAGCAAAGAAGGGCCAGACAGUCCGGAGGCAGCAACAGGAGAUGACGCGGGCGGGCGACAAGCGCAAGUUGCUUCACCCAGAUGCCGAGGCGACUAACAAGAAGCGCAGAGUGUAG